AUGACCACGAGAAACACUAUUUUGAGUCUGAUUCUUUGUAUUCUGGUGUGUUCGCACCUAGCGUUUGCCGGGUUUCCCGUUCGAAUCACCAAUCUUUCCCCGAAUUCCAACAAAGAUGACCUCGGAUCCAUCUUCAUGUCUGCUGGAGAUAUUAACAGUAUUAUGAUGAAUCGAGACGUGGCAAUUAUCGACUUUGCGACUGAGAAAGGUGCGAAAAAAGCGGUUCACGAUUUGAAUCGAGUGGAAUUCGAUGGAAGAACUCUUACAGUAACAAAAGCUAAUUAG